CGGAAAACAGACGAAAACACUAAAAUAAUAAAUUUGACUAUUGAGGUUAUGGUUUAGCGUUACGUUUCUGUGUUGCAAAAAAUCCUAUAUUAUAACAAUGUUCAAAGUAGGCAGCAUACGCAAAGUCGAAGUGAAGAACUUUGUAACCUACAGUUACACAGAGCUUUAUCCGGGCCCCAAUUUAAACAUGUUAAUUGGUCCCAAUGGGACUGGUAAGUCUACAAUUGUUGCUGCUAUAAUUUUGGGACUUGGCGGCAACCCGAAAACUGUUGGUAGAGGCUCAAGAGUGUCUGAAUAUGUAAAACAUAACUGCGAAGAGGCUACGAUUCAUAUUUAUUUACAAGGAAAAAAAGACAAUGAUUUUAUUAAAAUUACGCGAAUUUUUAAUACACACGACAAGACUGUUUGGCUUAUAAAUAAUCAGAAAGUAACCGUGAAAGAAGUAAUGGAUUGCUGCAAACUGUACAAUAUACAAGUUGAUAAUUUAUGUCAGUUUUUGCCCCAAGACCGGGUUCAGGAUUUUGCGAAAAUGAACCAACAGCAAUUAUUAAAAGAAACCCAAGUAGCUUUAUGCCGGGCUGAUUUAAUUGAAAAACAAGAAGCCUUGAUAGAAUGCAGAAAUAAUCACAGACAACUUACUGAAGCAAUUGAUAAGAAUGGAAUCAAGUUGGAGGAAACUCGCGAGGCUAAUUUGCGAUUAGAAGGCAAAAUUGAAAAUUUUAGUAGGAAGAAAAAUUUUUUAAGUCAAGUUGAAAGCAUAGAUCGCAAAAUGGCAUGGUUAAAGUAUGAUGAACUUUAUGAAAAAAUGUCUGAAACGAAAGCUGACUUGGGUAAAGCGACUCAAAUUUAUGAAAAACACAGAAGUGUCGUUAAACCAGCAGAAAAAGAAAUCCAAAAGGCCAAACAAGUGGUUCAAGAAUUGCAACAAUCAAAUUCCAAUAUUACGCGCACUAUUCGCGAGCAUGAAUCGUCCUGUAGAAACUACCUGGAAAAAAUUGAGCAAACAAAAGACAAAAUAAGAAACGUAGAACAACAAGUGAAUGACCAAAUCGCCAUCAUUGAACAAAAGAAUCAAGAAAUUGAGACUAUGGCUUCUAAAGUUGAAGAAAUGAAAGUCGCGCAAAGAGAUCUAGCGAAUAAGUGUGGCAAUGAUGAGGAGGUUCAAGAAAAAGUUAGAAAAAUAACAACUGAAAUACAAAAGUUUCGACGUCACGUAAGCGAAUUGCAGAAUCAAAGAGACGAUCUUAUUGCGUCAAGGCAGACGAAAUCGGCACAGUUGCGGGCUUACGAGAACGAAAUAAACAGAAUUGAUAAUGUGAAACAACAAAGGUUGAACUAUCUGCAACGGGUGGACAGGGAUGCCUAUGAAGCGGUGACUUGGCUGAGGAAUAAUAAAAAUCUUUUUAAGGGAGAGAUUUAUGAGCCCAUAAUGCUAGAGCUCAACGUUCUUGACCCAAAAAAUGCAAUGUAUGUCGAAAGUGUCAUUCCGUUACGUGAUCGUGUGGCUUUUACUUGCACUGAUAAAGACGAUAUGAAUUCUUUGAUUCGUUAUUUGAGAAGUGAGAAGCAACUGACAGUUAACGUGCUAUAUGCUGGUGAUCCCAACGACCAUGUAUCGCGGUAUCAGCCUUCUAUCCCAAUAGAGCAGUUGCGAAAAUACGGUUUGUAUACUUACAUGCAUUCAUUGUUUACUGCCCCUGAACCAAUCAUGAGAUACUUAUGUAAGACAUACCGAGUGCAUAAUAUUCCAAUCGGCAAUAAACAAACAAAUCAGUUCUUUCAAGAAGUGCCUUCCCAAAUUAGGGUUUUCUUUAGUGACAAAGUAAGAUAUUCGGUGAGUUACUCCCGAUAUACCAAUGCGAAGAGUACAAGACAAAACGAAAUUAGCUCAGAUGGAGGUUUUUCCAUAUCUGUUGAUGUAUUACAUUUAGAGAAAGUCCGUGGCCAAAUGCAAGAACUUAGAAAUAGUUUUGACACAUGCGACACUCAAAUGAAAGAACUUGACACACAGAUUUCGCUUAUUAAUGAGAAAGUUUCAAAACUGGGUGAUGAACUCAAAUAUAUCCACAGCAUCAAGCAACAAGCACAAACAAUUGAAAGUCGUAUUGUUACCAUGCAACGAAAGGUCCAAGAGUUGCAACAACAGUCAUCCAAUGGAGACCAGAUUCGCGCACAAGGUCGUAAUAAAAUUCGGAAAGUCGUCUUAACUUUCCGUCCAUUGGCGCAAGAACUUAAGAACACUUACAAGUCGUUAACUAUUCUUACAGUUAAAAGUGAAUUAAAUUUUAUUAAAAUUGAGAAAGCGCGCCGUCAUGCGGCGUAUUUAGAAAAUAAAGCUGAAGAGGCGCGACGGUUGUUGGAAGAGAGUGAAGCUACCUUAAACCAAGUUAAGGAGGCUUAUGCUAAUGUGAAGGGUCAAGCUAAGGCUGCACUUCAGAAGGGUAAAGGCUUAUCAAAAGGUUGCACACCUGAGGAUGAUGGCUUUGAGGAAUUUCGGGAGACCCAUGAGCGGCUGUCGACGGACUUAAGGGAACUACAAGAAGAAAAGUUACAAUUAAAUGCGAAAAUUGAAUGUUUAAAUACGGCCGAUGAUGACGAGAUGCGUGAGUAUGAAGAAAGAGUUGAGAUGAUCAAAACCUUACAAGGGAGUAUCGAACGAGCCCACAUCGACUUGAGUAAAAUAUCGGCCAAAAUGGACCAAUUGCAAGAGGAGUGGUUGGGUCCGCUUCGUCAAUUGGUCACCGAGAUUAACGCCAACUUUGCAACGGCUUUCGAACGGAUGGGGUGUGCAGGAGAAGUCUCCAUAAACCCAGGCGAUGACGAGAAGGAGUUUUCCAAGUACGGACUUUGCAUCAAAGUGACAUAUCGUAAUGGAGAGCCGAUGCAGGAACUCAACAGUGUGGUACAGAGUGGAGGAGAGAGAGCAGUGGCUACGGCGGUGUUUAUGUUGGCUUUGCAAGAAUUAACCCCAGUGCCUUUUCGAUGCGUUGAUGAGAUUAAUCAAGGCAUGGACGCGAAUAAUGAAAGGAGAAUUUUUGAUUUGUUGGUGGAGUUGACCAGUCAAGCCGACACGGCCCAAUAUUUUUUGAUAACUCCAAAAUUAGUGCCCAAUUUAAGAUAUUCAAGGUCAACAAUGGUGCAUAUUGUUCACAAUGGACCGUUUGUGGAACCGGAUAGGAAGUGGGGCAUGUCUAAAUUUUGUAACCCGCAAAGAGCAAAAAUACAUUAAUUGUUUUAUUUUCUAUGCCUACUGUUAUGAAAAGUAUUUCUAUUUUGAAAAUAAAGUUAUUUUGAGAUUUUGUUGGACAGGAAGUAGGGCAUGAUCAAUUGUGUAACUCACAAAGGACGAAAAUACAUAGUUUUAAUUGUUUAUGCUUAUUGUUAUAAGAAGUAUCUCUAUUUUAAAAAUAAAGUUUU